AUGUACAUCCCACAUCAGAUCCACAAGCAACCCAUCAACGAAAAUCGUUUGGUUCCCUCUAAAAUUCCACUGCAACCUCUUCACCCUAAUCACAACCUUCUUAUCGAUACAGACGGAGAGAACAGGGUGGUGAUGCCUCUGCUUCAGCCCUUCCUUCUCCCCCUCGCCGCCGCUGCAUUUAAUCAGGAUAUCGUGCUGGCCGCCGGUCUCGGAGAAUCGAGCUUUAGUGGAAUACAGAGUGCUCCCGGAGCAAUGCUCCUGCCUCGAAAUCUAGCUGACUUUGGCGGCGGCCGGCGCCGCCCUCAGCAAUUUCUUGGACAGAACGGCGGAUUCGUCGGCCAGGUCGCCGAGGACGAGGGCAAUUUCGCAAUUGCGGCGUGUGACCAAACGGUAGAAGCCAUUUAUAAUAAUUUUUUUUAA